AUGACUAUUCGUGAGAGAUUUUGGAUUCUACGAGGGAGACAGGCAGUGAAGCGCGUGCUUAAAGGUUGCGUUUCUUGUCCAAGACUCAAAGGUCUGCCGUACUCAAGCUACAAUGUCUCCGAUUUACCAAGUGUGCGCGUCUCCGAAGAUCCACCAUUUACUCAUACUGAAGUAGACUUUGCGGGUCCUCUUUUCGUAUGUGGUAAUUCGACUACUGAAAACGACAACAAUAAGUGCUAUAUUUGUUUAUUUUCAUGCGUUUCAACGAGAGCUGUACACCUCGAACUUAAGCCAAAUCUGACUGUUAAGUCUUUCCUGUUAGCGUUUCGCCGCCUUACAUGUCGUCGGGGACUGCCUGCAACUCUAAUGUCCGAUAAUGGAAAAACAUUCCGAGGAUCCUCAAAGGAAAUUGUCAAGAUUGCACGGUCGAAAGAAGUCUUGCGUUACUUAGCCAUCAAUGAUGUCAGCUGGAGAUUGAUUAUUGAGAAGGCCCCUUGGUGGGGAGGCUUCUGGGAGAGAUUAAUCCAGAGCGUCAAGCGUUGUAUGAAAAAGUCCCUUGGCAGAACCACCUUAACCUACGAUGAGUUAUACACCUUGCUUGUCGAGAUCGAAUCGGUCGUUAAAUCAAGACCUCUGACUUACGUGGAGGACGAAAAUUCAAGAGAGACCUACAUCCUGUACCGCCAACACAUCCAGAGACUGCAAUACACUCAGAUGUCUCAGCUCAGACAGUUGCUGAAAAUCCACCAGAGAGAUAGAGUCUUGAAUGCGGAGAUGAGACGGCGAGCCAAAAUCCCCAGAAUCAGCUUGGAUGGAUGGGCCAUGUACAGCGUAUGA